UAAGAAUCAUAAAAUCUGUUGAAUGGCAUUUCAUUUGUGAUGCCAAACUAAAUAUUAAGUAAUUUAUAAUUUAAACAAAUUAAAAUAAUAUAAAUUAGUAAUUGUGAUAUCAGUUUUUAAUAAAAAUUUUGUUUAAUGUUCAAUUAAUCUGUGAAUAUAUAAUUGCGCUCAAUACAUAUGAAAUUUAAAAGUAACCUUUCUACAAACGACAGUUAUUUUAUAUUCCCAAUAGGCUUUUAAAAUAUAUAUAAGAUUUAGCAUAUAGGAAUAGAAAUGAAUUCAAAAAAUUCAUCAUCAGAAGAAAUGCAGUGGGUUACUCCAAAUAAAAAUGAUAUUCUACAUGACAUUGCUUCGAUGAGAAGUCCUAUUUCAUUUAAAACUCCUGUCAAACAAGCGGAUAAAAGAUUUAAAUCUUAUCAAAAUAAUUCUGGUUGUUUUGCCCUUUUACCUAAUCAUAUUACACCACCUUCUGGAUUAACGAAAUUCGUUGCUAGAAAUCCUUUUGAAUCGGAAUUAACGAACAGGCUACAUUUGUCUGUAAUUAGUCCAACUGUUUUUACGAAGGUAUCCAGCUCUUCGUCAGAUUCUAAUACAUUUAGCUGGAAUAUAGAUGAAUUGGCUAUUAUACAGCCGGCGAAAAUAGAAGAAUUUCCAAUUCAGCAGCCACAUUGUACAGAUCCAGAAGUCGAAAGACAAGCUCAAGCUGCAAUAGAUAUAUUUUUUAAAGAAAAUCAAAUUAUUCCUAGUCCCUGGGACAAUAGUGAUAAAAAUAAUUAUAGAAAAAUUGAUAUGCAGACACCAUUAAGAGGGUAUAAUGAAAAUACGUCUACAAAAGAGUCUCAGAGUUUUAAAAAAGAUUCAUGGUCGCAGACAACUUUAUCUCUUCCACCGAAUUUACCAGCACAUGUUGAAGAAAUUUUGAAACCAUAUUUCACUUUUACGCAGGAACAAAAUGUCGAGAGCGAUGAGGCAAAUUCCAGUGGUAAUAGUUCUUUGAGAAGAAAAUUGUUUGCUCACGACGAUACACAGGAAGACGAUACGGAAUCUUCACUUUUAUUAUCGCCAAUACAAUCGCGAAGUAUGAUUAAUUGUAGCCCUCUUCAAAGUGGAAUGUUUACUCAUGCAACACCUCUAAGGAGCAAUUCGGGAAAUUUACGAAGAAAUCAUGGAACUCCAUUGGCAUUUGAUAAUAUGUCACCUGUAAAUAUGUCACCAAUUAGCGAAAUUGCCAAUGAAAUGUCAUACGAAAGUGUUAAAUCUCGUGCUCGAACUGUGGCACGAUUAGAUUUUACAACUGAUAUGAGUAUCGAUAUGUCCAUUAAAGAUGUGGAAAAAUUCGAAGAAAUACAAAAAGAAUCAAAUAUCAAGAAACCAGUGGAUAUAAAAGGAAAUAUUGAAGAACAAAAUCAAACGAUUGACAUGACAAUGCAAUUGGAGAAUUCAUAUAAAAUUAAAGAGAAUGAAAAUAAUUCGUUAAUGAAGAAACCAAAAUUCAUAAACGAUUGGAGUAAAACUAUUUCCAGUGAUAAUUGUACAUAUCAACAGAAUUAUACAUUAUCAAUGACAUCAAAUCAGCAUAGUGUUUUUAAUUCAGCUCAAGAUACAGGUUAUCAUACUUGUAGUAUUAAUAAUACGACAAAUAAUAUUGAAAAUUAUACCACAUCGUCUGUAAUUCAUGAAAGAUUUCAUUGGGAUGAAAAAUUAUUACCAUCUGAAGAUGGACUCACAGAAUGGAAGGAAAAUAUGAAAUACAUGUGUAGUUCAACUCCAUCGAAAUUUUUACGAGAACGGAAUAUUCAAGGACAGUGAGUUUUAAUUGAAAAACAAAAAAAUU